CUUGUCCCGUCUUCGCCUCGAUAGUACCUUCCCACAUCAACGUGUAAAUCCGAAGCUAAAACAGAGCUCCAAAAUCGCAUGGGAGGUUUAGCUUUCUGUUUUUUUUCCUGGGAAAUCCAUUUGGACUUCAAUUGAGCUUUCAAUUUCCCGUUGAACUCUAACUAUCGCUACAGCGUCCUUUCAUGGCUUCCCUUGUUUCAAUUUUUCUUCUGCUUUUUACCUGUUCGUUCUCCAAUUUCUCAGCUGAAAGCCGGAAGGAGUUGAAGGACAAGGAGGAUAUUCAUUUGAGACAUUUGGUUCAAUCCAAUGUAAUUGACCCUUCACGAGUGAUGCAACUUUCAUGGCGGCCAAGGUCAGGGUCUUUCAAUAUAGUGGCUUUCUAAUGGACGAGGAGUGCGACCUCCUUAUUUCUUUGGGCCAUGGAGCAAAAGAAGGAAUUUUGGGGAUCAAUGAUGAUCGAGCUAUUGUUGAGACACGCAGGCAGCUUGCAAGUUCAGAAACUUUGCUGAAUACAAAUGAUACAGUUCUUGCAAUGAUUGAGGAAAGAAUUUCAGCUUGGACUUUCCUUCCUAAAGAGAAUAGUAAGCCUCUAUAUGUUCAGCACUAUGGACUUGAGGAGACUGAACAAAACUUGGAUUAUUUUGGCAAUAAAUCCACAUGGGCUUUAAGUGAGCCUUUGAUGGCAACUGUGAUUUUGUACCUUUCAAAUGUUACCAAAGGCGGUGAGAUCCUUUUCCCUGACUCAGAGUCAAAGAGUGAGACAUGGUCAGAUUGUACAAAGACCAGCAAUAUCCAAAAACCUGUAAAGGGAAAUGCCGUUCUGUUCUUCACGACUCACCUCAAUGGAUCUCCUGACAGUAGUAGCUCGCACGCAAGAUGCCCUGUUCUUGAAGGAGAAAUGUGGUUUGCUACGAAAUUCUUCUACCUAAGGGCUGUGACGGGAGAAACGAUAUCGUUUGACUCCAGCAGAAAUGAAUGUUCAGAUGAAGAUCCCAGUUGUCCUGAAUGGGCUGCUGUUGGGGAAUGCCAGAGGAACCCUGUUUUUAUGGUUGGUUCUCCUGAUUACUAUGGUACAUGUAGGAAGAGUUGUAAUGCUUGCUGAACAAGGAAUAACGCUCCCAUAUGGUUUGUUUCCAUUGUUCUUAUAAUACCCAGUAUAAAGUAGUUUCUUCUUUUUAAUUUCAUGUACUCUGUUUCCGGGGCAUUUUCGAUUGUUUCAGAACAGAUAGUUGAUCAAUUUUAAGGAAAUUAUUUAACAUCGAGAAAA